AUGAAUGUUAGAGAGUCAUUCAUCAGUACAAGAAAGACAAAUGUGUCUAGAGAAGAUUCCGAGAAAGAUUGCUAUGAGGAGGAAUACUAUAAAUGGAGGAUACGUGAUUUGAAGAGAAAGAUAAGAGACAUUAGGAAAGAAAUCAUUCGGGCAAAGAACAUUGGAACUUCCGGAAAUGAUCCUAAAAUUUAUUGA